AUCUGGUCAGGAUGGGGACGCGGGCUCCCCCGUCCGAGAGUGUCCUUCCAAUCCUGAUGGCCUCAAUACCGACGACAUCAUUGUGAUAGGGUUCCCCUUGACACCUGGACAUCGGUUCGACUUCCGAACCGACGGACAACUAGCAUAGCAGGCAAGAGCAGCGCGUGUGAUGGCUCCCGCCGGCUCCGCGAGUGCCCAAUCGGCACGGAGCAGAAUGGUGGACUAAUGGGUCACUCAACAUGGUCCGGAGUCCAUCAAGGGGACACGGCACGCUGCACUCUUCCUGCAUAUUUAUACAGCAGAAGGGGUAUUGUUCAUCAGAUACGAAAUAUGACCCCCUACAAACUUCCCACUGCGCCGCUUUUGCGGUAUUUAUUUGUUAUCAACCCCCAUUUUGUCGUAGUCUCAUGCAUGACACCAAUAUUUAAUU